AGAAAGAGAGGGAAAGUGGCCAAUCCUUCGCGCUUCAGCCCUGCAGCCGGCCGGCCAGCCAGCUAGGCUGAGAAAAGGCAACACCAGGAGUUGGUGGGAACUUUCUCUACUCCCUUCGGAUUCCAAAGUGGCGCUGAGCGGCCGGCAGGGCUGCAGGAUCAGUCACCUGAAGUUCAGAGUCCAGAGAAGAAGAGGCAGCAGCUGCUAUGAUCCAGACACUGGCCUUCCUUCUGUUGCUGGCUGGGAAAGGGACUCCAGUUACCACUACCAAUCCCCGUGUGAAACUCUCCUUCCAUGACUUGAAGUUGCGACAUGGGCUGCGCACCUAUGAGUUAGAACGCUCUUGUUGCUAUGAUGCGCUGCUCCUGGAUGAAGAGAGGGGCCGGCUUUUUGUGGGAGGGAAAAAUUACAUGGCAUCCUUGAGCCUGGACAACAUUAGCAAGCAUGACAGGAAGAUUUAUUGGCCGGCGCCUGUGGAAUGGAGGGAGGAAUGCAACUGGGCAGGCAAAGAUAUCAAUGCCGAGUGUAUGAAUUUUGUUAAGAUCCUGCAUCUCUACAAUCGCACACACCUGUACGCCUGUGGCACUGGGGCUUUUCACCCCAUCUGUGGCUUUGUAGAAGUGGGGCAACGUGUGGAGGACUCUGUCUUUAAGCUGGACUUCAAGAGCCUGGAGGAUGGCAAAGGCAAAAGUCCCUAUGACCCAAAUCACACUGCGGCCUCAGUUCUUGCAGGUGAAGAGCUUUAUUCUGGUGUGGCUACUGAUCUGAUGGGCCGAGACUUUACCAUCUUCCGCAGCCUGGGAUCGAGGCCUUCUGUCCGGACCGAGCAGCAUGAUUCCCGAUGGCUCAACGAACCCAAGUUCAUUGAUGUCUUCUGGAUCCCAGAGAGUGAGAACCCUGAUGAUGAUAAGAUCUUCUUUUUCUUCCGGGAAACAGCAGUGGAAGGAUCCCAAAGCCUGGGCAAACAGAGUUUCGCACGCAUUGGGCAAAUUUGCCGGAAUGAUAUGGGGGGGCAGAGAAGCCUGGUGAACAAAUGGACAACAUUCCUAAAGGCUCGGCUGGUGUGUGCAGUACCUGGCAGUGAUGGAAAUGACACCCAUUUUGACCACCUUCGUGAUGUCUUCUUAUUACCAACCAGGGAUAAGCGUAACCCAUUGUUGUAUGCAGUUUUCACCACUUCCAGCACAGUCUUCAAAGGUUCUGCUGUCUGCGUGUAUCACAUGAAUGACAUCCGCAGAGCUUUCCUUGGUCCUUUUGCUCACAAGGAGGGGUCUAACUAUCAGUGGGUUUCCUAUCAAGGCCGUGUCCCUUAUCCCCGCCCAGGAACGUGUCCCAGCAAAACCUUUGGCACCUUUAGUUCCACCAAGGAUUACCCUGAUGAUGUGAUCCAAUUUGCUCGUAACCACCCAUUAAUGUAUAAUCCAGUAUUGCCCCAUGCCCAAAGGCCUGUCUUCCUGCAAACCAAUGUGGACCACAUCUUCACUCGCAUUGCAGUAGACCGAGUGGCAGCUGCCGAUGGACAUUAUGAUGUCCUCUUCAUUGGCACAGACAUUGGCACAGUCUUGAAGGUCGUCUCUGUGCCUAAGGACUCAAGGCAAAAUAUGGAAGAAUUGCUGCUGGAGGAACUUCAGGUGUUCAAGGACUCCUCUCCUAUUACUAGCAUGCAGAUCUCAUCCAAGCGGCAACAGCUGUACCUGGCAUCCAGGACUUCGAUUUCGCAACUGCCCUUGCACCGUUGUGGGAUGUAUGGCAAAGCUUGUGCAGAAUGUUGCCUAGCGAGGGACCCUUAUUGUGCCUGGGAUGGCACCACCUGCACUCGAUACCUGCAGAAUACCAAACGGCGAUUCCGACGCCAGGAUGUGAAGAAUGGAGAUCCCAGUAUCUUGUGCUCUAGAUAUCCUCAGAAAACCAGUGUACCGGAAAAGAAAAUCUAUGGAGUGGAAGGCAGCAGCACUUUUCUAGAGUGUCUGCCUAAAUCACUGCAGGCCAAGAUUGUGUGGACAUAUCAAAAGACUAGGAGUGACCCCCAGAAGGAGGUAUUGCUGGAUGAUCGGGUCAUCAGGAUGGAGCGGGGAAUCCUGUUGCGCAGUGUGCAGCGCAAAGAUGCUGGUUUCUAUUAUUGCCAUGCAACGGAGCACAGCUUUACCCAGGGUCUGCUGCACCUCCAGCUUGAAGUUAUCUUUGCACAGCAGGCUGACUCUCUCUCACUCUCUUGGGAAGAAGAAUCCACACAACCUUUCCAUCGCAAACUUUGGUAUCAAGAUUUCUUACAAUUGGUGGAUCACCCCAAUCUCAGCACCAUGGACCAGGUGUGCGAGCAACUAUGGAGCCGCAAGAGCCACCAGCCCAAGAAAAAGCCCCCUCCAUUGCCCCCUUUAUUUAACAUCAAAUCUAAAAGUCAGAAAUGGAAACAUCUGGAGGAAAAGCGGAAAGCCCGCAGCCGAAGAACACAUGAAGUGCUCCGUGCAGAAAGGGCUCCUCGGAGCACAGACAUCUGGUGACUUUGCAUAAGAUGCACUUAUACAAAUCUCUGUGCUGGGAAGGGCCAGGGAAGCAGGGUGGGAAUAUGGGAAUGGGGAUGGUAGGAGAGAAAGAGCAGGAUCUUUUAUGGCUUCUGUGGUUGGAUGGAAAGAACAUCCUUGGACACCAGCCCCAUACUCCCGAUUGCUGCUUCUUCUGUAGUUUGUAGGGAGACUGGUAAUGUUGGUGUAAUUUUUCAUUAGCCUGAAACCGUUCCUAGUAGCACAGCUGCUGCUCUUCAAACUCUUGACAGAGAGCAACAGAACCUGGGGAAAUGGGGGAAGCUCUGCGUUCCUGACCUGUCCAUAAUACACAACCAAAGACGAGGGUAGCAGCCUCCACGGACCAAAUGCACUGGAGGCCACAUCCUGAACAUCCUUGAUCAGUGAGAAGAAACACAGUUCUUUUCUGCAAGGAUCCAGUGGCUACCAAAUGGUUACCUAGGGAUCUCUAGUGCUCUUUGUUUCUAGAACUUCCACUGAUAUUCUGUCAUCUCCAGACAAGGAGAAGACUUGGAUGCCUCUCACAAUGUAUUCUGUCUAAACCCUGGAGGGGGGUGUUGGCCCUCUUUCCUCUCCCUUCCUUAUCCAAGCAUAACUGUGCUUAAAGUAGCCACGGUGUGCUCUGUCUCCAGAAAAAGCAACACAACCACUGAUGUAUUUAUUAACAGACUGUUGACUGAUGAAUGUAGUCCACCCCUAGGUGGCCAUCAAGAUUUAGCCUCCGAUGGAACAAGAUUUAGCCUCCGCUGUUCUUGCCCAGAGGACUUAGAGUUCAUUUCUGACUGAGAUUUUCUGGGCAUAAACCUGUAUGAGAAGGAGUUUCAAGUUGUGAUGCAAAAGCCGAGGAACCAAGCAGCAGAAAUUUCCCCUCCCCCAUCUGCAUUUAGUCAAAGCCCCAGAGGAUUUUUCACCAGCCUGAGACCCUUUCUGGAAAAGGAAAUCCUUGCUGUGAGCCACUGUUAUGGAGGACACUCUCUUGUUCUGAAAAGAAUGCAGGGUUGGGUUUCAAAAAUUUUAGCAAGGGGUUGGUGGCUGGGUAGGUGUGGCUAUGGUGGCGUGGCAUAGUUGGCCUCCCGCACCAUGGUGGGUGGGUGUGUUUUUUCCUCCCCAAGCUCUGGAGGCUUUCCUCAAGCCUCCAGGAGGGUGAAAAUGGCUUCCCCAGGCUCCGGAGGCCCUCUGGAGCAAACGUCCAGUUGGCCCUCCCCAAGCCUCUGGGUGUGCCCUGCACUCUUCUGCAUCCAAAACGGGCUGCGUGGUGACUCUGGGGAUGGGGGAGGGAAGGGGUGGGCGGGGCCAGCCAGGAGUGGGAUUUGGGGGUUCUCCAAACUGCACAGAAUCUUAGCUAGAGGUUUUCCCGAACCCCUGCGAGCCCCCAGCAGCCCACCUCUGAAAGCAUGCAGAUAUUGGACCUCGAUUAGCAAUCGAUCGUGAUCAUUUUGGUAUGUGAAGAAAACCAGCUGCCCUGCUUUGAAUUGUACAGUAUGUCUCCCACUCUCCUGCUAGACAGAUUAUCUUUCACCAGCAUUUGAUUCCUGUGUCAAUCUGGUUGGGGGAUGGGAGCUGCUAGCCACCAAAGCUCAAGUGUAAUUCGGGGGGGGGGGAUCUGAUGCCACCAAGAGCUCACUUGGCUCAUUUCCAAGCCUGUUUUGGAGCAAUUUGUUUGGCACUCGGAAAGUUCAUGCCAUUCUUAGCCUAUCAGCAAAUAUGGAAUAAUCUGCCUUUCAAAAAAAAAAAAAAAAAGGCCUGAUCAUUAUUUUGUUUGUUAUUCUGCAGAAAAGCAAACUUUAAAGUGCAGGUACUGAUGUGAAAGUAAUAGCAAGCUGGAUUAGGCUGAGAUCUGAGGACCAAGUCUGGAAUACUCCAAGUACACUGGAAUUGAGUGGACAAUAAAUUUUGCAGUGGGGGGGGGGAGGAAAGGAGAGAGAAAAAGAAAGGGAGGUAUAAGCAGUUUCUCUGGUGUGCAGUUUCAAAACAAUUUCAAAGGUUGUGACUAUCCCUACCUUAUCUAAAUGAGACUGGAAUGAAUAAUCCCAAAGAAGUGUGAGGAGUGAGUGAGAGUGACGUGAUGCUUGACUGGGCGGCAGUUUGGAGAUACAACAGAACUAGUAACUAGGUAAUAGAAUGGCCUUAUAGACAUGUAAUAAUGCAAUGCAAAUUUCUAAAUCCAGUUUCUCAAUUUUACAUUCUUGGGUAAAGCUGCCCCUAAAUUGUCCCAUAAGUGAGAAAAAUUUGAGAUGAUCAGGCCAUCUGAAACUUUCAUGAGUCCAGAGACAGUAGAAGGGCUUUUUAUAAUUAUUUAUUUCGCCUUUUAUUCCUUUUGAGAGACUUCUGCUGCUGUGUCUCAAAGCAUUUCCACUCACCUAUGUAGUCUGAAAAAAUAUUGUACAUAAAAUGUUUGGAAGUUGGAACAAAUCUCAGAUAUUCUACAAA